UCUCACCAAAUCUCUCUUCACCACCACCACCCACGAACAACAUUCCAAAAGAUCACUGUCACCGUCAGUAUGCCUGUGACUUGGGACGACGCAAAAGAGAGGCAGCUGCUGCUCCUCGUCCUGCACUUUACUCAGCCGCCAUCUCCACCAUGGGCUGAGGUCGCCGAAGGAAUGGGCGAAGGCUGCUCCGAGGAGGCCUGCAAGCAGAAGCUCAAGAAACUCAAAGUGGCGGCCAAACAGCAAUUCGGCGAGCCUUCCGCUGUCGGCAACAGCACUCCCAAGCCCAAGACUCCAGCCAAGCGCGGUGGUAGGAAGCCUGCUGGUGGAACUCCCCUCAAGUCUACUGGAAAGCGCAAGGCGAAGAAGAGUUUCAGUGAGGAGGAAGAAGAGGAAGAGGAAGAGGAAGAGGGUUCCUCUAGUAAGGAGACUCCUCAAGCGAAGAAGUUGAAGCUCGAGGCUGAGGACGGUGCCGACAGCGAGGACUAGGUGCACCGCUACGUCUUUCUCCUUCGUCGGGCGCGAAUGCUGCAGAAUAUGUAUUGUGGAGGUGGCUACUGAAUUCGCAUUAUACCCAAUUGCACUGCUAGGGUAUAACUAUCUGAGCUUUACACUUGGGACGGAGACGAGUGUGAAGAGUUGCGAUGUUCAGGACGUUGCAUUUCCCAGAUGCUCGAUCGUAGAGGAGGAGAUCCACGUUCGAUAGACUGAAAUACCUAA